CCCCAGGUAGGGAGCACCAGGGUGGGGGGUGCAUGAGCCCUUAGAAGAACCCAAGGCCCUGUCUGCUCUGCUCUGUGUAUCUAGGGCGCUGUGUGGCAGCCUGGCUCCACCCCAGAGCUGGCUGCACUUGUGGGGCCCCAGGGGCUGGGGCCAGCCGUGGCGGGGGAAGUGCUGCCUGGAGCUGUGCUGCUCACUGCCCCCUCUGCCGACAGCCUGCAAGGGUCCGUCCAGUGCCAGGCGAUGAACUCUGCCAGGGCAGCCCCAGGCCGCUGGCGGGGCGCGGGCUGACCUCACGUCCCCAGGGCCGGGUCCAUAGCCAGAGAGCUCCGGGCAUGUUGGGGACCCUAGGCAGCCACAGUGUCUGCAGCCUGGCCAUGGUGUCCCCCGUGGGUGGGGCCGGGGGCUCAGCCCUGCCUGGGUGAAAUCUGGGGAGGGGAAGGACUGCGCCAGUGGCCGCCCAGCCUUGGCCAGUGAAGGGGGGGCCUGUUCCUGAGGCGGGGGGGGGGGGGGCUGCCAGUCUGUGGCAUGUUCAAGGCCUCUCCCCUGGGGUGCCACUUGCUGCCCAUUGCUGGGGGAGGUGUGCCAAUGUCUCAGACAGGGUCCCCAGGGCUGAGCCUGCCAUGCUCGCUGCCUGGCACGCGGCCCAUGCCUUUAUCUGGAUGCUUAGUGUGGCCAUGGCACCCUGGCACCGCGUGCUGGGCCCUGACCCAGCUGGGGUUCGCUCCCCGCAGGCCUGUGCAUGGGGAGGGCAAGGUGAGGGGCUGAGCAGGGCAAUUCCAGGCGAGGGGUCCCAGCUCCACGGCUAGUGGGGACCAGGGAGCUGCAGGGGGUCACUGGCAGGGCCCAUGACUGGCUAAUUCAUAGGAUUAUACAAGAUUGCAGCCCAGCCCCCCAGUUACCAGUGCCACGUGCUCCUGCAGCUCUGGGCACAUGGGGUACCCCCAGAAGAGACCUUGUCCCCCUCCUGUCCUGGUACUGGGGUGCAGCAGGGUCCCUCGCUGGGGGCAGCAGCCCCCCCAGACAAGAUCGGGGGGGGAUUAUCCCUCGGGCCCUGGUAGAGAGAUGAGCGGGGAGUCCUCACUGCUCCGGCUGCUAGGUGGGAGUCAGCGGGGGCUGGGGCAAGGAGUGUCUGUGCGGUGCCCAUGGGCCCCGGUCUCCAGGGGGGUGGGCCUGGGUACCUGGCCCAGCUGGAGGUGAACAGGAGCUAAGGGCUGGCCCAGACAGCACCAUUCUCCAGGUGCAGGGCAGGUCAAUCUGAGCUGCCGUCUCCCAUGUGAACACAGAGCCCCUGGGCUAUAUCCCCCCUCCUAGCCCAGGUGAGACGCUCCACCUGCCUGCGUCUCCCUCUGGGCGAAGGCCGAGCCCAGCUGACAGGUGCAUAGUGCAGGACGGGGAGGCGCCCAGGUACGCUGGUGGGGAGUGCAGUGGGAAGACCCACGGAGCAGGAUUCGAUUGGGCGGGAGGCGGCUGGCAGGGCAGUGCCUGGCCUCCGUCUGGAAGCUGGGUCAAAAGUACAAGGGGCUCCCCAGUAGAAGCCCAGUGUCCAGGGGGCUGUUCGGAGCAGGUGGUGUCCGUGGGGAGCAUGUUGUUUUUAUAUUAACAAAUUGUCGUCUUUAGCUUCCAGAGUUAACACUGCACUGAUUUCAAUGAAUAAUGUUACCUUUUUCAGAGCUCUUUCAGAUUUAACGGCACUGCAUCAGUGCCAGGAGGGAGGGGGCCGCGUGUGGGGCUGGUGCCGGUGGGUUUGAGGCGCCCAGGCGCUGCGGGGGUGUGUGUGGGAGGCCAGGGAGAGAGGGGCAGGCGUCAGGAGGGACUCAGCAUGAGGGAGAUCGAGCCCUCCCCAGGGAGCAAGGGAACAGGCUGUUCGUUUGACUGGUGGCCAGCGGGGGGAGGCAGGAGGCCCCUUCCCUAGUCGCACGUGGCAUGGCAUCUCCCUCCUGCCCUGGGCUGAGAGUGGGCGCGGCGCCAGGCCUGCCUUGUGUAAUCUGUUACGUAGCCAGGGCUGGGCCAUCCCCGAAUACUCCAUUUCCUGUGAAAAGCAUGCUGGGCUGGCAGGCUGUCCUCCACCUCGUCGCUCGCAGGCAUGGGGGGAGCCCUGCGCAGGGUGCAGCAGGGCUCCCAUGCCUGGACGCCAGACGCAGCGUGGCCACAGCAGCCUGGAUGCAGAUGGAGCCGGCUGGAGACACCAGGGCUGCCCCCCCAGUGCAGCCUGGGGGCCCAGAGCCGCCCCCACGGCGGGCGGGGCAGCCUGCAGAGCUCUCCAUUGCCCCUGGCGGGGCAGCAAGGGUGACAGCCUUUUCCAGGACCAUCCGCCUGUACAGCAGCCCUGCGCCUGGGGGCAGCGCCCCCUCCAGGCCCCUGGUGGUGCUGCUGCCCUGGUUUGGUGCCCGGCCCCGCUCCAUGGCGAGGUACCUGGAGCUUUACCUGCCACGCGGCCUGGACGUGCUGGUGGUGGAGAGUGAUCUGAGCCACUUCCUAUGGCCCCGGCAUGGGCUGGCCUACGCGGCCUGCGUGCUGGGCCUGCUCCGGGACAGCCAGCCCUUCUGCUCCCGCCCGCUGCUCGUCCACGCCUUCUCCAUCGGCGGCUACACCUUCGCCCAGAUGAUGGUGCACAUGAGCCGGGAGCCACAGCGGCACCAGCAGCUGGCAGAGAGGAUCCGGGGCCUGGUCUACGACAGCCUGGUGACAGGCAGCCUGGGGGACAUGGCGCUGGGCGUGGCUCAGAUGAGCAGCUCCGCGGCCUUCCGGCCCCUCAUCAGGGGAGGCACCAGGCUUUACUUCAGCCUCUUGCACUGCUGCACCGUGCGCUACUACAAAGCGGCACAGGGCGUGUUCUUCCGGCCGCCGCUUCGCUGCCCUGUCCUGGUCUUCCACUGCUGCAACGACCCCCUGAGCGACCCUGCCCUGGUGCAGGAGCUGCUGGAGAGCUGGAGGCGGGCAGGGAUCCCGGUGCAGGCCCAGGCCUGGCAGGACUCGCGCCAUGCAGCCCAUCUGCGCCAGCACCCCCAGGAGUACCAGGAGGCCCUGCUGGGAUUCCUGAAGCAGCUGGACACGGCCCUGCUCCAAGCCAGACUCUAGCAGCUGGGGCUGGGUUGCCCCAAGAGCCCCUCUGACAUGGGCAGGGGGACAUGCAGCUGCUCCUGCAGCCAGAGCCCUGCUCCUCCCUGGCAGGCACGGAGCUCCUGCCGUCACACAACAUCCAGCCGCAAGCAGUGCCAUUCCCCUUCCGCAGCCGGCCCUGCCGGGCAGGCCAGACCACAGGCCUCGGGCACAGAGCACGGGAACAACUGCUGCAGCAUGGACACCCCGGCCAGGGGAGGGGCAGCCCAGCGAGGCAUGAUGGACACCUGCCUGCUCUCGCCCCAUGGGGCUAUGGCAAGGGGGGAGGCACAUUUCGCCCAGGUGGGUGGAUGAGGGGGGAGGGCAGCUGGUGCAGCCCUCCCCUCCCCUCGUUUCACCUCUGCCCUGGGCUGUAGGGGGACAGGCUGCUGGUGGCUGGCUGACUGUCACAAUUCAGCGGCUCCACCUCCCGCCAGGAGCCCAGCUGCCUCUCUGCACCUGCCCUGUCCCUGCACAGAGCAAAAGCCCCUCGCAGGGCCUGGGGGAAUGGCCAGGCUGAGCAGGGAUGGGGGGAGCAGGCUGGAUGGGGGCUCUGUGCCCCAUUUCAGGCUAGUUUCAACAUAAUUUUUUUAACUCCCUCUGUAAAUUAGUUUGAAAUCCCCCCGGCCACAGGACCCUGCCCUGCCGCGGUUCUACAGUGCAGCUGCCACUCGUCCUGCAGCCACAUGCCCUAGGCCCAGUCCUCAGGGCGGGGCCGGGGGAGGAGGGGGGUUGCAGCCCCUGCCCCCGUGAGCUGGUGGUUUGCCAUAGCGAGUUGAGCUGGAGUCUACCUCAGCGUGCUCCACCACACCAGCCCCUGCCAGGCCCUGAUGCUGCAUUACUUUAUUAUUAUUCUUCAAUACACAGUUACAAACACUGGA